AUGUCUGCUAACCACGAAAAUCAAAUUGAACCAGAUAUUAACGACGUAUUUGACAAUAUUGUUUUUAUUGAAGAGAAAUUAACCGAACAAGGAUAUUCGGACGGUUUUAAAGACGGACAGGCAAGCGGUAACUCUGACGGUUUUCAUCUAGGAUAUCAUCGUGGAAGUGAAUUGGGUGCUGAACUUGGUUACUACUACGGAAUCACGACGUGUUAUCUACAAAAUAAAGUCGAGAAAGGCUCUAAAGUAGCUGGUGUUCUGGUGAAUUUGAAGCAGUCGCUUGAAGAAUUUCCGCAAACGAACGACGAGAAUUGUGAUAUAUUUGAAUUAGCAAAUGCAAUUAGAGCCCAGUUUCGUAAAGCCUGUUCGCUACUGAAAAUUAAUGGAAAGUACCCGGAAGCAGACGAUUUAAACUUCUAA